AUGUCCGCUCCCAUGCUGGGCAACGGCAUGCCACCCUCCGCCAUGGCCGCCCAGCAGUCUCAACACAGGCAGCCCGACCUCCAACAAAUGAUGAUGCGCGCCAGCUUCCUCCGCAAAAAUCCCACAGAACAAAAGUCUCCCAAUGAGCUCGAAAAUCUCCUCAAAUAUAUUCACCUCAUUAAUGUCCAAAUGCAAGGACGCGGCCAAGUACCACAGACAAAUGGAUCGCAGAUGCCGCAACAGUCCAUGAUCAAUGGCCAUGUUCAACCUCUCACGAACGGCUCUGUUACUGCACCAUCCAUAACCUCAGGGUCCUUACCGACCCAACCGUUCGCUUCCAGCUCCCAGACCCCGGUCUCAUUCACUGGCGAGCAAAUAAACGCCCUUCGUGCACAAAUACACGCCUUCAAGCUGAUAUCACGCGGCCAUCCCGUUCCGGAGCAUGUUCAACAAGCCAUUCGUGUUCCUAACAACGCCAUCUCGGAACUCGAGAAGGCUCUACAAGGCCCUGAUGUCCAGUCGCGAAUUGUAGAUGCUGCAGUCAAAGUCGCAAAGGGAGAACCAGGUACGCCCGCCAUUGCACCAUCAGUGUCGCGCGAGAGCACCGUCAAGUCAGAAGACCCGGAAGUCCCCCCCGUCGACUCCGCUGACUAUCCGAAAGGCCCGUUCCUCGAAGACAACAUCAAUUCCGGAAUCUAUCCAUAUAAUGCAUAUCGACACCCCUUUUCACAUCUCAAACGGCCUACCGACAUCGAUCCUGCUCUGUUUGCAACCCGCCUCCAGCGGCUCAUCAUCCCGACGAUCCUGCCUACCGGCCUCGACGCACACCAGAUCAUCAACGAGCGUGAAAGGUUCAUUGAAGCUCGCAUUCAGUAUCGCAUCCGUGAGCUCGAAUCUCUGCCAGCGACCAUCGGCAACGGUGCCUUCGACACGAAAGUUGACAUCACUCAAGACGACACUGUCAGGUCCGACAAAGAGAACAAAGGGCCCCCAGCAACCUUGGAUUCCCUGAAGCCCUACAGUGCUCUCAUUCAUCCCAGUGCCUCUGCUCACGGCAAACUGAGCGCCUUGAUCGAACUCAAGUCCCUGCGUCUACUGGAUAAGCAACGUGCCAUGCGUGCCCAAGUAGCGGAGAGGCUCACCCAUGGGUCCAUGCUUCCCCUCAACCGUCUCGAUUUCCGCCGAAUCCGCAAGCCUACCAUCCGUGACGCUCGUAUGACAGAGCAGUUGGAGAGGAAACAACGGCUCGAACGGGAGAGACGAGCGAAACAUAAGCACGUCGAGCAACUUGCUGUCAUUUGCACCCACGGCAAAGAAGUUAUUGCUGUCAAUCGUGUUGCGCAAGACCGGAUCCUUCGUCUCGGCCGUGCCGUCCUCAACUUCCAUGCCCAUACAGAGAAAGAAGAGCAGAAGCGUAUCGAGAGGCUAGCUAAGGAGCGUUUGAGGGCACUCAAGGCUGAUGACGAAGAGGCGUACAUGAAGCUCAUUGACACAGCGAAGGACACACGUAUCACUCACCUCCUCCGGCAGACAGAUGCAUAUCUCGACUCCCUGGCCCAAGCAGUCGUUGCCCAGCAGAACGAAGGCGGCCCUAUGCAUGAAUUCGGCUUCGACCAGGAGGAUGGACCCGCCAACGAGAACACUUUUGGUGCACAGGUCAAUCCAGAUGACGUCGUCGACGACAAGAAGAUCGAUUACUACGCGGUUGCCCACAGGAUUUCGGAGAAGGUCACCAAGCAGCCUGCUAUCCUCGUUGGUGGAAAGUUGAAGGAUUAUCAGCUCAAAGGCUUGCAGUGGAUGGUUAGUUUGUACAACAAUAGGCUGAAUGGCAUUCUUGCAGACGAGAUGGGUCUCGGAAAAACCAUCCAGACUAUAUCCCUGAUUACUUUCCUCAUUGAGGUCAAGAGGCAGCGUGGCCCAUACCUUGUUAUUGUGCCGCUUUCAACAAUGACGAAUUGGUCUGGCGAAUUUGCAAAAUGGGCCCCUAGUGUCAAGACAGUGGCAUACAAGGGCAAUCCCAUUCAGCGUCGGAACCUUCAAGGUGAACUGAGAGUUGGCCAGUUCCAGGUUCUCCUUACAACGUAUGAGUACAUCAUCAAGGAUCGCCCUCACCUCAGCAAGAUAAAAUGGGUGCAUAUGAUCAUUGACGAGGGCCAUCGUAUGAAGAAUACACAAAGCAAGUUGACACAGACACUCACAACUUACUAUCACUCCCGCUACCGUCUCAUUCUGACGGGUACCCCUCUGCAAAACAACCUGCCUGAAUUGUGGGCCUUGCUCAAUUUCGUACUCCCAAAAGUCUUCAACUCUGUCAAGUCUUUUGAUGAAUGGUUCAACACUCCUUUUGCCAACUCGGGUACUGGAGACAAGAUUGAACUUAACGAGGAAGAGGCCUUGCUCAUCAUACGUCGUCUGCACAAGGUGUUGCGACCCUUCUUGUUGCGCAGAUUGAAGAAGGAUGUCGAGAGUGAGCUGCCAGACAAGGUUGAGAAGGUCAUCAAGAUCAGGAUGAGUGCCCUCCAGAGCCAGCUUUACAAGCAGAUGAAGAAACACAAGAUGAUUGCAGAUGGCAAAGAUGUGAAAGGAAAGCAGGGAAGUGUUAAAGGUCUCAGUAACGAGCUCAUGCAGCUCCGUAAAAUCUGCCAACAUCCGUACCUCUUCGAAAGUGUGGAAGACAAAAUUAGUCCCGGAGGUUUCAUUGACGACAAAAUUGUUCGAUCCUCGGGUAAAAUUGAGUUGCUUCACCGUGUUUUGCCCAAGUUCUUUGCAACAGGUCACAGAGUUCUUAUCUUCUUCCAAAUGACGAAAGUCAUGGAUAUCAUGGAGGAUUUCCUGAAGAUGAUGGGAUGGAAGUACCUUCGCCUAGAUGGUGGCACAAAGACAGAAGAGCGUGCGUCCUUUGUACAGCUCUUCAACGCCAAGGACUCGGAGUACAUGGUUUUCAUUCUCUCCACUCGUGCUGGUGGUCUGGGUCUGAACUUACAAACUGCUGAUACGGUCAUCAUUUUCGACAGUGACUGGAACCCUCAUGCUGAUCUGCAAGCCCAAGAUCGCGCUCAUCGCAUUGGGCAAACCCGUGCGGUGCUCAUCUUGCGGUUCAUCACAGAGAAGAGCGUAGAAGAGGCGAUGUACCAAAGAGCUCGAUACAAACUUGAUAUCGACGAUAAGGUCAUUCAAGCUGGCCGAUUUGACAACAAAUCCACGCAAGAGGAACAAGAAGAGUUCUUAAGGUCGAUUCUUGAAACUGAUCAAGACGAAGAGAACGAAGAAGCUGGCGAUAUGAAUGACGACGAGUUGAACGAGCUAAUUGCACGUCACGAUAGCGAAGUUGCAAUCUUCCGUGAAAUGGACAUCAAACGGGAGCGCGAUGUAUUGGAGAACUGGCGUGCUGCAGGCAAUCGUGGCAAGCCGCCGCAACCUCUCAUGCAACUUGAGGAACUGCCAGAGUGUUAUCAGACAGAUGAACCUUUCGACGUGAAAGAAGUUGAAGAUAUCGUUGAAGGUCGUGGACAGCGCCGCAGGAAUGUUGUUAGUUACAACGAUGGCCUCGAUGAUGAUGCCUGGGCAAUGGCUCUUGAGGGAGGUGAAGACAUUCAAGAGUUGUCUGAACGAGUGAGGGAGAAGAAAGAACGACGAGCACAGAACAAACUCAUGAAGGACGAGUCUGGUCGAAAUACACCUGCAUCUGAUGUGGUCGAUGGUCGCGGUCGCAAGCCGAAGAAGGGCAAGGCAAAGGCGAACGACUACGAACCGGCCGCUGGAUCCAAACGUAAACGCGGCGUAAAGUCCAUCUCUGCCACUCCAGACGGUGAUGACGACGACGACGAUCAUGAUCAGAAGCGACGCAGGACGAAAACCAACGGGAGUAGCAACAACGCUGGUCCUGAAGUUUCCCCUUCGAUGCGUGAGAAGAUGAAAAAAGCCUUCACAGAAUGCUACCGUGCAGUUCUUGCCUGCGAAGACGAAACUGGCCGUAAGCGUUGCGAACUCUUCCGCGAGCCUCCUGACAGACGGGACUACCCCGAUUAUUACCAACUUAUCACGCAACCUAUCGCUCUGUCUCAUCUUCGGAAGCGAGGCAAUUCCAACUACUACAAGAAUGUGCUAGCAUUCCGGGACGAUUGGCGACUUAUGUUCAAUAACGCUCGGACCUACAACCAAGAAGGCUCGUGGGUGUACGUUGACGCCGAAGAGAUGGAAAAGGUCUUCAAUGCCACCUGGGACAAGGUGAUCGCCGGCACGGACCUUCCUGGAGCACCUCCUGCGGCUGGAACAAAUUCUGCCUCUGGUUCUUACGCCUCGGCCCUCACGCCGAUGGAAGAUGAUGAGCGCCCUCCUGCACCAAUUCGAGGUCGCAGCGCAGGUCGAAAGCAGGUCCUCAGCGAUGAGGAGUACCUUACCCCGAGUGAUGAUGAGUGA